UUGAAAAUAAAUAUCUUUACUUGUGAACAACAGAGGUUAACAGCCAAAAUGAAGGUCUGGGAAGUGCUUGUCUUUUUUUUCUUGUUUCUGCCACCGACCUGGAUGUCUGGGGAGGACACAGUGGCAGAGGACAUCAGUGUGCAUCAGCUGGAACGUUUAGUGGAUCUGCUGACAUUUAAGGAGUGUGAGGACCUCCUGGUUGCCCUGUCAAACCCAGAGGAGAACAUUUUCCAGCACAUCCAACUCCUAUCGCCAGAAAACAAUCAAUUAGGUCUUCAACCUCGAGCCAAGAGAGACACGUCUACUGCAGCAGAUGAUGAGACUCAGUGUCGAGCAGCCCUGACAGGCUGGAUGCUGGAGAACGGUGAGAGGACUUACUACGACAGACUUUCUCGCGCCUUGCAGCACAUCGGCAGAACAGAUAUUGCCAUUGAAGUGGGGAAGAACAUUAACCAGGACAAAGCCUUGAGCUUGAAGCGCUACGUUGAGGAUUACCAUAAAUAUGUAAUGUCUUUGAACCUCCCAUCGCUGAAGGAAGCCACAAAAACCCAUCAGCGUGCACAUCAGAGGGCCUCAAACAGAGCAGGGAAGGAUCUGCCAGGGCCUGACCUGGUCCGAGGAGCCCUUUCAUCUGUGGUUGUGCCAUUUUUGUACGGCACACUUCUGGCAAUAGGAGUCACCUUGCUUGCAGCUGUCCUCUUCAUCAUCAUCAUUCGGAAAAGAUCUGAGCGAGGCCAGUGCCUCACAGAAUGUUGGGAGUUGGGCCAAAGCUGAGAUGUGAAGUUGGGAGAUGCAACCUUUGGGAUGUCAAACUCAAAAUUUAAAUAAUAAAGGUUUUAGAAAACUGAAAAAAAAA